AUAAAAGCUAAUCAUAUAAAGAGAGAGUUUUCUGAAUAUAUUGUUCCAUUUCUUAUAUUUUAUAAAUUGAAUUUUUUUUACCUACAAUGUCUGUUGAGCCAACGUUGUUAGAAAGAAGACUGUGCGAAGCAUUCGAUGUGUUUGACAAUGCAAGAAGUGGAGAAGUAGACGUUAGAGAUUUGGGGACUAUAAUCAGGGCAUUGGGGUGUGUGAUCACUGAAGCUGAGCUACAAGAAAUACAGGUAGAAGUCGAAGACGUCGAAAAUAAUUGCGUGCCACUGAAUAGAUUUGUAGAAUAUAUGCGCAAAGCAAUUAAUGAACGCAAGUUUAAACCAGCAGAACCUGAAGAUUUGUUCAAAGCGUUUCAAUUAUUAGAUCCCGAAAAUCGCGGGUAUGUUAUGAGAGAUGACUUAGAAAAAGCAAUUAUGGAAAUUGGAGAGCCAUUUACAAAAGAAGAAGUAGCAGAUAUGAUGGCUGUAGCUUGUAACACGGAAACUGGAAAAAUUAAUUACGAACAUUACAUCAACUUGCUAAUUGCAAAAAUUCCCGAAGAUCUCAAUGUAUAUAGUAUUGUUGAUAAAAUGGAUGCUGCAAGAUUGGCUGCACCUAAAAAGCGCAGAUUGCAAAGCAUAUUUUAUAAGGAAGACGGAACCAUUUGACCAAAAAACUUAUUUUAGUAAAUGUAAUUUUUUUAAAAACAGAUUAAUAUAUAUAAUCGACAUGCUCAAUUUCUUUAUUAUGCAAGAUUAUGUAAAAAUAUAAAGUAUA